AUGAAGACGACACGCUGCCUCUUCUGCCGCUUCGCCCCGGCAGCGACACCAAAGUCGCAACCCUCGUCGUCGCGCGCCUUCAGCUCAACGCCAGCAGCAUCAGCAAAAGGCAAGCCCGCAUACCCAAAUGUCAGAGCCGUCGAUCUCGGCCUCGUCCAACAGCGCGUCGACUCGGCCGCCCGCACAUUCAAGCCCUACACGCCGCGAGAAAAGCAACUGCUGGCUCUGAAAUACACUCCUGCCCAGGUGCGCGCCAUCGAGGCCGCAGAAGCAUCUAUCGACCCCAAGGAUGUCGUUACCCAAGGCAAGAUCCGCCGCGACACUUUCGCUCUCAACUACAUCGACGACCUUGCAAAGAUCCAACCGCUGGUGGACAAGCCUGUACGCGCUCCCACUGCAGACAUUGAUCCCGGCAUCCGCAUGCGCACCGAAGACGAAGCAGACAGCUUGGCUCCUGAGAUGCCCAAGAUCAAGAGUUUGGGCGUGAAGUUCGAGUCUGAGGAUGAUGAUCCCCAUCUUCAGCGUUUGAUGCAGCAGACUGGUAUGACCAAAGAGGCAAUCAGAAAGAUCAGAUGCAAGAAUUUGGUCAACCACCGUGUCGUCAACCAGACCCGCAUGGGUAAGAUUCAGUCAAUGUACUACCUGACCAUCGCUGGAAACGAGAACGGCAUGUUGGGUAUUGGCGAGGGCAAGUCGGGCGAAGACGAAGACGCCAUCCGUCAAGCCCAGUAUGCUGCCAUCAGGAACAUGAAGCCCAUUCCUCGUUAUGAGAACCGCACCAUCUUUGGUGAGGUCGAGGGCAAGGUCGGCGCUUCUGUCGUCCAGCUCUCUUCCCGUCCACCAGGCUUUGGCAACAGAUGCCAACACCUCAUCUACGAAAUGGCUCGUGCAGCAGGCAUCUCAGACCUCAGCGCCCGCUGCCCUCGCAGUCGUAACCCCAUGAACAUCGUCAAGGCCACCUACGAAGCUCUCAUGAAGCAACGCCUACCUGAAGACGUCGCCCGUGCUCGUGGUCGCAAGCUGGUCGAUGUGAGAAAAGUCUACUACCAAGGUUUGACUUCAUAG